AUGAAUACUAAUAAUUUGCAAGAACAAAACAAAGAUCUUGAAUUGUAUUUACGUUUAAGAUCAGACAUUAAAUCUGCUAUGAAGAAUAAAGAUCAAUUAAAAUUAAAUGUUGUCAAGUCAAUUCUUUCAGAUCUUACAUACGUUUCAAAAAAAGUGUCACAACCUUCUUCAUUAACAACAUCACCACCUACAAAUCAACAAAUCUAUAAGAUUAUAAACAAAUCUGUUAAAACACAUAAUGAAUCUAUAGAAAAGUUUUCACAAGCACAAAGACCAGACUUAGUUUGCAAAGAACAAAUUGAAUUAGAAAUUUUAGAAUCCUAUUUGCCAAAAAAGAAAUUAUCUGAAGAAGAAAUUGAAUCAAAUAUCAUCAAAUUCAUCAAAGACAACAACUUAACAGGUAAUUCAACAAAUUCAGGCAAAAUAAUAAAAGAAAUCAAAUUUGGAGAUAGUCAUGAUGAGAUCUUGGUUGAUAAAAAAAUUGUGUCUACUAUUGCUCUAAAAGUUUUAAAAAAUAUGAAUUAA